GCAUUGUCAUUUACCAGCUAAAAGGCAGAAGAGGAACGAUUCUUGUAAUGGCACGAGAGCUUAAAAGUUGGUCUUUUUGGCGGGCAGUAUUGGCCGAGUUUGUUGGGAUGACCAUUUUUGUUUUUAUUGGUAUAGCCUCUGCCAUUGGAAACAAGCAUAACAGAUAUCCCGACCAAGAGGUUAAAGUAGCUUUAGCUUUUGGUCUGGCGAUUGCCACACUGGCUCAGAGUUUGGGGCAUAUCAGUGGAGCCCACUUGAACCCAGCUAUUACUUUAGGACUUUUGGUUAGCUGUCAGAUCAGUUUUUUCAGGGCCUUCAUGUAUAUCGUUGCACAGAUGUUGGGAGCUGUGCUGGCAAGUGGCAUUAUGUUCAAAGUCAGCCCUGACCCUGAAACAACACUGGGACUCAAUAUGCUGGGUAAAGGUGUGACAGCAGGACAGGGAUUUGCAAUUGAGCUUUUUGCAACCUUUCAGCUGGUACUCUGUGUCUUGGCCACAACAGAUAAACAUCGGACUGAUGUCACAGGCUCUGCACCCCUAGCCAUCGGACUAUCAGUUGGUUUAGGGCACCUGGUAGCAAUCAGUUACACUGGGUGCGGUAUCAACCCUGCUCGAUCUUUUGGACCAGCCAUCAUUCUUGAAGCCUUUAAAAACCACUGGAUAUACUGGAUUGCACCCAUGAUCGGUGGGGUGGCUGCUGCUCUUGUGUAUGACUUCGUGCUCUACCCAAAAAAGGAAGCGUUUGGCAAGCGUAUGAAUGUUCUAAAGGGCACAGCUGAUCCGGAGACCUCGGCGACAGAACCCCUAAUCGAACCGCGAAUCCCCAGAUCUGGUUCUGUUGUCAUGAUAGUUCCCUUGAGUCCCUUGAUUGUCCUGAGCAGUUAAAGAUGUCCUCUUGGUUUGGUUUUCCAGCAUCUUCUGCAUGUUUGAACCUUUUCCAACAGAAGACAAAAUAAGUACAACUUACUCUGAUCAUCCUGUUAAGUAUCCCUCUUUAUUUAAAAAUAACAUUUAACAUUUUGCGGAUUCUUAUGACCACAACUGUAUAAGGUGAGGUCGUUUAGAUCUGUUCUUCUAUCUCUUAGAUGCAUAAUGGGUUCAUGACACUCCUCUCUCUCAGACAUUGCAGCAUUAUAAUAUUUAGAAUCUUUUAAAAAAUCUUUUAAAAUCAUGUGAGCAUUCGUUUAACGUGGCAUUUUACAAAUUAGACAAGAACCACAUUAUGUCAAGUUUUUGUGGCACUAGCAUAUCAAAAUAGCAAAACCGGUUUCCCUAACACUAUCCCCAUUUGCCGCUGAUUGGACAGAUGGUCCAACAGGCAAUAGCGUUAGACAAUGUUGUUAUGUCGGCCUAGCUAGGAUGAUCAAACAAACUCUGCAAAGCUUCGAAGGAGUCAAAGUCCCACAGUUUCAACACAUUUCAAAAGACUCGCCUUAUGAAUGGCUUACCUCCAGCUGUCUCUAGAUAUUAAGCUGGGAUAGAGGAAAGUGUUAUAACAUUGAAAGAAUUAUACACUUCAUCUUUAAGCAUUUGCGAAUCUAUAGCAAUAUGCUCAACAUUAUACUGAGAGGUUUAUGAGAACACUUCUGCAAAGCAGUUAACAAGUAAAACCAAACCGACCUGAUGUCAACUUCUGUAUCACCUCCAGUUUAACUGAUGGUAAAGUUGUCACACAAGUCAGCAAUUUGUUGACUGCCACAAAUUACAUAGAAUUUAACAAAACCGUUUGUUGGACAAUGUCACGACCUGAAUGUCUCAGGCUGUUAGAUCGGUACUAACUGUUAACAUAAUUGACAAUAAUAUAUCCUCUAGUACAUUUUGAAAGGAAUGAUUUUGUUUCCUUUUUGGCGCAGUCAGAGGUAUUGUAUGCAUGGAUCUGCUCACAUAGGCAUAUAUCAUUUUUAAUGAGCACUGCAACAAACCGUGUUAGGUAUCUACAAUAAAUCUUCUUUAGGGAGAGCUUUUCGCUCAUGAGAAAUAAUCAUAAAUGUUUAGCAUCUAUUUUAACACCACUAAAAAACAAGAAGCAAUCUCAAAAUGCAUCAGUGUGGAUCUGCAUUGGAGGGUUGCAAAGAAUUUAAGAGGCAUGCCUAAAAUUCUUUGUCAGCAUUCAAAUUGUAAUCAUAACUUUAGGCUCAGUUUCAUUGGAAAACUAUCAUUUCAUUGGAUUUAUGUUUUUCCAUAUUGACAGAAUUGUUCAUAAAACAUACAAUUCUUACGUAAUGUGUCAUAGAAUGCAAAUAAUUGUUAAAACCAUUCAUAAAUUGUCACAAAAAAAUUAUAAAUUGUUUGUAAAACGAUUCUUGUGAUAAUUUACAAAAUAAUGUUUCAAUGAAUACUUUACAUGUUCUGUUUGUGUUUCAUGAAUAACACCCUUUGUGGGAAUAACUUUGAAUCGCUUGUUUUCCAUCCAUCCAUCCAUUUUCCAAACCAUUUGUCCUCUUGCAGGGAUGCUGGAGCCUAUCCAGUCAUCUCAAAAACCAUGCAGCAAUAAUGGGAACUGAAUUUAAUAAUAUUAAAUUUAAUAAUAAUAAUAGUCAUUCUACAACUGAAGAAAAUUUGUAAAACAAAUGUGUUAUGAAAAUUUGCUGGCUUAAGAGCUUUUAACUUCCCCUGCGAUCUAAACACAUGCAGAGAGAAAAGAGUUUAUACUGGUGGCUUUGCUGAGGGUGGAGUGACACUUUUGAACAACAUUUAUCAAGUGACAGAACUGCAACACCCAAAAGUUCAGUUAUCAGUUUCCUCACAUUGUGCUGAUGAGGCAUAAACAAGUACAUACUGUAGAUCUCCUCAAACCCACUUGCAUUGCUAGACAAUAGCGAAAUGCAAAACAAAUUCAAGGAGUCUCGGGGGGACUGAGUCCAGGGAGUGAAUUCCAAGGGGGGACAAGUUCAAGUUCAAAAUGUAGAGGAUUUCCAACUUUCAUCCAUGUAAUACCAUCCAAAUGUCACGCAAAUUUCAUGCAUAAAUAUAGUGGGAAUCUGUGGUUUAAAAAUGUAAAAUAUGUCCCCAACUAGGGUCCCCCCAGUGAAUCUCAAGCAUUUCCACCACUGCCUACCACUAACCCUAAAGGUGUCUUGAACAAUGUGAGCUGCAUGAGCCGUGAUCUAUGGGAUAGAAGAAUGGGAUUGGAAAAGGGUGGAUUUGAACUCAGGAUGAUUGUCUAAACAUCUAACCUAUUUCCUCCAUCUUUACUCUUUACACCACUAGUAACAGACAUUCCUUUCUUGUUUUGUUGCCAAGAGUGUAAUUUCAAGUUUAUUUUUUUUAUUUUUAUAUAUAUAUAUUUUUUUUUACAGAAAUACAAUAAAAAUGCAUAAAAAAAAUUCGGACUUGUCA